CACCAAAACAUACUUGCCCCUUUUCUCGAUUUCACACCUACAGUAAGAAACACACAAAAGCCAUCACCAAAAGUUUUCAUAAUGCUCUGUGUUAUUUCGUGAGGAAGAGAAUGAUACCCAAACGUACCCGUAUUAACAAUAACUUUAGCAUCAUCCCUGCUCAAGGCCACCUUGUAAUUACUUUUGAGGUUGUCUAGCGCUGUACAGAAAAAGAGUAGAAACCAUGUGUGUCCUCUCUUAGUUAGUAUUAGACUCAGAAUGCAGUGAGGUUUAUCGAGAUCAUAAGCUAUCUUCUACAACUAAAAGAACGAAUGAGAUCAAAAUCAAAAUAAAACGUAACGGGUUGUAAUGUUACAUUGGCACACUCCUCGACGUAAUAAGGGUGAUUCGAAUGCAAUAUAGGGCCACUGGAGACUUGCCUGAGAUUUGAACCGAUUUCAUGAUCAUCGAUUGGUUUAUGGAAUGGAGGUUGCAGAAUUUUGUUUAGUGAAAGCUUAGAGCGAAGGGUUUAUAUAAGAGGAAAAAGAGAGGGAUGGAGGUGGAAGGUUAGCAUCGCUAUCAUGAAGUUAGGAAUGAAGAACAGAAUUGAAUGAGUCGUCAUAACAACAUCGUAACAGCGAUUUGCAGAUAAGACGAUGAGGAAGUGGGAGCGGCAGCGUCGCUUGUUACAAAUAUUUAGGUUGGAAGGAUUAAUGGUCAGAUUAUAAUGAGUCAGAUAUAAUUGCCAUAAGCCCAAUUACAAUGACCCGGUAAAUUCUGUGUUAAAGAACGUCUGACGUAGCAAAUCAACAUUUUCUGAUUGACUGAUUUUUUAAUCUGAGAUGACAUGCUUCUCCAUUGAGUAUAUUAGUCUUUUAGUAUUGUUAGAUUCCUAAGGAUAUCUUCACACAGUAUUGAUGCUAAAAAUCAUAAAUGAUAACGAAAAUGAGAAAAUGCUUACAUAUUUUACAAUUUAGUUGGGAUGCUUAUAACUAAAAUAGCUUCUUCAUAUUACACGUCAUGUUACAGUGUAGGGUUUUGUUACUUAGGGCUAAGGGUUAUACUAUUCCAUUUUACAUAUAUAUAAAACAAAGCAAUACCGGACAUUGUAUUUUCUUACACAUAAAUGAUCCGGUUUAUUUUUUAAAAAAAAUAGUGAUGGUGGUGACAUUAUGUUUUAAAAAGAAUAUACAAUGUCUGAUGAUAUAAUAGCGAUGGACAUUAUAUUUUGGCAUUAUGUGUUGGGACAUGUUAUAUGAAGAAGCUAAUUUCAGUAUGAGAACCUUAAGUUAUAAAACAGAAAAGUAUAAAAUAUAUCAACCAUGUCCGAAUUUAAACCAAAUUUAAUUUGAAUGUGUAUAUGUAAACAGGCUUGGUUUAAGAUUUUAAAUAAGGCAAUACGUUUGUUUGAUUGUUUUUGUAAAUAAUAAUUAAUGUUUUAACAAUAAAUAUAGAAGUAGCGUUCCUUUGUAGAUAACCUAAAAACUAAGGCCAUCAUUAUCGGAGUCUCUUGGCUACGUCUUUUAGUUUAUUUAGGAAUAAAAGAAAAUGAAAAACAGAAAUUAAAAUAAGAGACGUACCUUAAUUAGGCAACAGAAGAGACGUCUCUUGUGAGCCACGCGUCACGGUGAGAGGAGAGAGAGAGAGAGGCGAUGGAGGAAGAGGAGCACGAGGUAUACGGUGGAGAAAUCCCAGACAUCGGAGUUGGAUGGAUUGAUUGAUUUGGUGUUGGUAACAAUAGGAGUUGGAUGAGAUGAAGAGGAGAAGAAGACAUCACCUCUUGAGAAUUGUCGUUAAGCUCAUCGAUCCUCCAGAGGAACUGCGAAUCAUCAGCAUCUGAUCUCGACAUGGCGGAGAAUCGCGGUGGUGGUGGUUGCUGUCCGCCGAUGGAUUUGAUGCGCUCGGAGCCGAUGCAGCUCGUUCAGGUCAUUGUUCCGAUGGAAUCUGCUCAUCUUACCGUCUCUUACCUUGGUGAUCUCGGCCUCGUCCAGUUCAAAGACGUAAACUUCAUGGAGGCUCUCUCUGAAGGAAACUUCGAUGAAGCAAUUGAGCAUCCGACAUCAGCUAUCAUGUACGGGAACAGAGAGAAUGUUGGAAUGGAUCAGAAGGUAAGAGCAGGGAUGGAGAUGGCUAUGAUUGAUGCAGCUUCUAAGAGCGUUGGAGUGCCUUUGUGGAGAUUAUUUGUUGUUUUGAAGAGAGAUCAACACUGAGGAGAAGUUUGGUUAUUGCAGGAAGAGUUUCAAUGAGGAGAAGUUUCUUGACCAGCACUUCGCCACUAGACAUUAUAAUCUCUUGAAUACGACUGGUACAAAGUGUUUAGCGGAUCUGUGUGGUGCAUUGCAUUGCGAUUUUGUGUUGAGUUCCAAGAAGGCUAAGAGCAAGUGUAACCCUGCAGCUGCUGCCAAAAACCGUCAUCUCUGCGAGGUUUCUUUCUUUGUCAUGUUUAUUCUUCUACUUCGUUAGUAUUCUCCAAGAAAGCUUACUUUGAGUGCCUCUUGUUCAUCUCUUAGAAUGUUCUGUGUUUCUUUGCUCCCCUCCUCAUUGGUUUGUUAGUAAGAAAAUUAUUUCUUUUGAGUUUUACAUGAACUAUCGAAAUAAGAAGUGGUGAUUUUAUUUAA